CGGAGUGCAGAUCACCCGGGACGUGUGUUGUGUGAGGUAUGCAGUGGCGGAGCUAGAGGGGGGGCCGGGGUAGCACUGGACCCCCCUGAAAUCUGAUUGGACCCCCCAGGUGCCACCCCAGAUGACUGAUAUGUCACGGCACCGCACGUCUUGUCAAACGGAGCCUGUUGCAUUUUAAAAUUGGUGACUGCUAAGUCCCUCCUCUACAGUAGUUGGCGCUAUGUACCACAAAGAGUUGUAAUCCACCUUACUAGUAGAAGAAGAAGAAUCGCCACAGAAGAAGAGGAAGAUUUGAACUAGAGUCAAACGGUACGGUAGAACCAGCCGUUUGUCUGGAGUGCAUUGCAUUCAGCCGACAGAGACAAGCUGAGUAAGAAGAAUAAUAAGAAGAAUAAUAAGAAGAAUAAUAAGAAGAAGAAGAAGAAGAAGGAGAAGAAGAGAAGGAGGAUAAUCAGCGUUGAUGAUCCGUUUUCUAAAGUAAGUUUCACGGUGGUUUCCUAAUGAGUAACUGUUUAAAGUCACUUUUGUGUUCAGAUAGGAGAUCGUUUUGCUACAAGCUACGGUUAUCAAGCUAACGCUAACGUUACAUCUCAUGGCGUCUAGAUGACCAGCGUCAGCUUACAACGGCCGCUCAACGCCACUAAUGUCUACAUUUAAUUUGGGUUGUCACAUUAUAUUUACGUGUUUCUGAUAUGAUUUUAGAGGAAUGAAACUAGCAGAUAAUCAGCCAGCUAGCUAUUUCAUGCUCUGUUGGCUUAAAUGAAAUGUAGCAUGAUGAUGCCAGCUAGCGUGUCAACUAGCUGAAAAGUUUGAAUAUUAUUAAACUUACAUCUACAGUCGUCUAUUGGCCCUGACAUGUUUUAGGCUGGAAGUGGAUAUUUAAUAAUACUGUGUGAUUGUAAGUGAUGCUAGGAGUAACAAGACUGGCAUAUUUUUUCAUAGGGUCAGUUGAGAAUGAAAAGGCAGGGCGACAGGAUACAUGACUUCUUUGUUAAGAGAAGCAAGUCAGGCAGUCAGGCAGACAGACAGACAGAGCUCAGCUCUGACAUCAGCAGCUCUGACAUCAGCAGCUCCCAUCCUGGUACUAGUCAGGAGAGAGAAUGUCAGGCACAACCCACCAGUUCCAUCAAGGGAGGACACAGAGGCCUCUGCUUCUGACGAGGAUGAUGGUGAGCUAGAAGAGCCAGACCCAGAGCCAGCUUUAUCCAGCACUGCUUUUGCUCUUCUAAGAGGACCCAGUGAUAUUUCAAGAUCCAAAGAAGAGGGUCCUGUUCAGCCGUGUCUGACAAAAUUCCCCAAAACUCAGCAUGGAACAAGGAAGAGGUCAUUCAACAGCUCGUGGUACAGAGACAAUUCUUGGCUUGAGUACUCCAUCCUCCAAGACUCUUCCUACUGUUUCGCCUGUAGACAUUUUUCUUUGCCAAAUGCACCAGACUCUGCCUUUGCAUCACAAUCAGGCUUCUCCAACUGGAAAAAGGCGUUGUCUAAGGAGUCUGGGUUUAAGCUCCACUCCAAGUCAGAGCUGCACAUCAAUGCAGUGUAUGCGUGGAGUCAGUAUAAAAAAGCUACUGAGAAUAACACAACCAUGUUAAAUUCUAUGAAUGUGAAUUGCCAAAAGAAGGUGGAAGAAAAUCAGCAUUAUGUGAAAACAAUAGCAAAUGUUCUUCUUUUGACGGCAACCCAAAAUGUGUGAGCGAGUGUGAGUAGCUCUGAAUGUGACUGAGUAACUGUGAGUUAUUAACUGUAAGUAUAAGUGGCUCUGGGAGUCACUUUAGUUAUUAACUGUAAGUAUAAGUGGCUCUGGGAGUCACUUUAGUUAUUAACUGUAAGUAUAAGUGGCUCUGGGAGUAACUUUAGUUAUUAACUGUAAGUAUAAGUGGCUCUGGGAGUAACUUUAGUUAUUAACUGUAAGUAUAAGUGGCUCUGGGAGUAACUUUAGUUAUUAACUGUAAGUAUAAGUGGCUCUGGGAGUAACUUUAGUUAUUAACUGUAUGUAUAAGUGGCUCUGGGAGUAACUUUAGUUAUUAACUGUAAGUAUAAGUGGCUCUGGGAGUAACUUUAGUUAUUAACUGUAAGUAUAAGUGGCUCUGGGAGUAACUUUAGUUAUUAACUGUAAGUAUAAGUGGCUCUGGGAGUAACUUUAGUUAUUAACUGUAAGUAUAAGUGGCUCUGGGAGUAACUGUGUGAGUGAGCAACUGUGAUUGCGAGUAACUGUGAGAGUAAGUGACUGUGUGAGUGAGUAACUGUGUGUGUGUGUGUGCGCACAUUUUCAUUAAUGUAAAAAUGGUUGUAGAAAACUGUAAAAAGUUGUUUUACAUUUUUUUAAUAAAUUGAAAAUUAAAUACA